CUAAGAAACUCAAACUGAGAAGCUCGGGCAGUGAAGACGGUGGACAAGAGAAGGAAGUGAACCAAAGUUCCAGCGAGGAGCAGGAGCAGAAGGAGGAGGAAGGAAAGAAACCGAACCAAGACCCACGAUGCACAAAAGAAGCUCUUCCAGAUGAUCAGCCACUUCCUAGCUCGUUUAGCUGGAAGGAGAAGGGCUUUGUCAGCCCGGUUUACGAGCAAGGCGAGUGCGGAGCGUGCUUCGUAUUUUCCUCCACCUCGGCGCUGGAAAGCCAGUACAUGAUCAGCCGCCAGACGCAAACGCCUCCACACUACAGCGUCCAGGCAACGCUAAACUGCAUCACCGGCGGCUGUGGGGGCGGGGCUCCCGCCGAGGUGGACGCCUACUACGUGAAGAAGGGCGCCAUGGACGAGGAGAGGGCGCCAUACGUGGGCAAGGUGGAGACCUGCCGUUCUGGAGAUGAAUACCCGGUAGCACUGAAAGCGGACGCCUUCUGCAGCCACGGAGAACUCUCCGAGGAGCAGAUGAUGAGGCUGCUGGUGCGGCUAGGCCCGGCCAGUGUGGCCAUCUCCACCAAUGAGGCCUUCUACCUGUUGAAGGGCGAGCCGUGGAAUGGCGAGUGUGACAUCUCCAUUAACCACGCGGUGCUUCUAGUUGGAUAUGAUGAGAAACACUUUAUUCUGAAGAAUUCAUGGGGAAAUUCAUGGGGCAUUGAUGGGUACCUUUAUUUGCCCAGAGGAGGCGAGAAUGAAAAUAAAUGCGGAAUAAAGGCAAUCUUUUCACAACCAAUCGUCAACCCGGUUUAA